AUGCUUGCUGCUGCCACCCCAGAUGGAGGAGACAGUGGAGGAAAAACUAAAGCAGCUUUAUCCCAGAUCCUCAGGGGAGUACCGCUGCUCAGUUUGGAUGCGACCAAGGGGGUGUAUGAGCUGAGUCACACUCACAACCUUAUACCCUCCCUAGCCCCGCAGGAGUGGGGAAGGGGAGAGGAGUGGGUCCAGAAUCCAGGGGAGCCCCUGCAGAGGCAGAGUGAAGUCCCCGCCACCCCCUUCAGGAGCAGGCGGAAGCUCUUGUCCUUUCGGCAUGGGUCCUCGAUGCCUGCCCUGCACCCCAUGGAGUCCAGAGCCCCACUACAGGCGUGGCAAGGGGAGGGGCAGCAGCCUCCCAGCCCUGAGCCUGCCCACAGACAGACCCACCCAACUCCUAUGUCCACCAGGGCCGCGGGUCUCCCCCCGGAGCCUGGGCGCACCACUCUGGAGCGGGCCCAGUGGCUGAACCGGGUGGCUUCAUACAUUGAGGAGCAGCAGAGGGGAGACAGCGUCCGGGACCCCUGGGCUGUGGCGGGGGGCGGGGGCGGGAGGGCCGCAUCGGAGGGCGGCGUCGAGGACAUGGAAGAGGAGGAGGAGGAGGAGGCGGACGAGGAGGUAGAGGACUUGGAAUAUGUGCCUCUCUUUGACCCGGCGGUGAGCUGGGCCCAGACUUUCAGCAUGAGGCCGCUGGACUUCCAGGCUCAGCGCUCCGACUGGAUCGAUCUCAACUGUAACACGUUGGGAAAUGUGCUGCUGCCAGAGCGGGAGGCCCUGGAGGUGGCCCGCGUCUUCCUGAGGAAACUCAGCCAGAGGACCCGGGGGCGAUACCAGCUGCAGCGCAUUGUGAACGUGGAGAAGCGUCAGGACCAGCUGCGGGGAGGGCGCUACCUGCUGGAGCUGGAGCUUCUAGAACGCGGCAGCAUGGGCGAGGGCCGGCCCGUGCGACUCUCGGAGUUCAUCUUUGCCCGCAGCUGGCAGGGGCCCGGCAAGGCUGACCAGCCGGAGGGGCGCGGCCGGCGGGCCCCAGCAAGAGCGCGGCAGCAGGGGAGACCCCACCAUCCGCUGGACUCGGCCCCCCCGGAGCCUCAGCUUUGCUGGCCCCAGGGCUUCUCCUGGAACCACCAGGCGGUCGUGCACUUCAUCGUACCCGUGAAGAACCAGGCACGAUGGGUGGAGCAGUUUAUCCGCGACAUGGAGGAGCUGACCUGGGUCACCAGGGACCCCCACAUCAACGUCAUCCUCACCGACUACAGCAGCGAUGACAUGGAUGUUGAGGCAGCCCUCCAGAGGUCCCACCUGCGCAGUUACCAGUACCUGAAGCUAACGGGAAACUUCGAGCGGUCGGCGGGGCUGCAGGCUGGGGUGGACCUGGUCAAGGACCCCCACAGCAUCAUCUUCCUAUGUGACCUCCACAUCCGGUUCCCGGCCGGGAUCACGGACACGAUCCGGAAGCACUGCGUGGAGGGCCGGAUGGCCUUCGCCCCCAUGGUGAUGCGCCUGGACUGUGGGGCCACCCCACACUGGCCUGAGGAGGUUUUCAAGCAAGGAUAUCUGUGGGAGUACUUCAAAGGGUACCAUGAAGCUCAUCUGACUGCAUGGACUGAGAUCCCCCUGUUUGGUGAUUCCCCCAAAUUGACUGUUUUAGAGGGGCUGGAGAAUAUUUUCUGCUUUCCCUCCUACUUGUUUGCAGUUUAUUGUCAGACUUCAAAAGGUUUUGAAACUCUCUGCCAGUAUCUCUCUCUUCUACCCCAAACUUCAGCGACUGCAAUCCAAACUACUCCCUCUCUAUCCACCCACCACAGUUUGAGAGCCUCUUGCUUUUUCUACAGAAGCUCCCUCCCCAGUUCUCAGAUACUGAUUCUGGGACUUCCUAGUAAUACAUUCUGGAUCCAGUCUAGAGACUCGCUGGUUGGCAGCAAUGAUUACAGCAAGAGUAGGUUGCUCCAGAGGCUGUUGCUCACUCUUCGAAUGAGUGAAUUGAAAGACACUCUCAGCUCUGCAAACCACAAUUAUCUUGCCCAUAAACAGAGACAUCACAGUUCUCUGGGUUUAUCAGGAAGUGAAAACUAUCGAUCCCCGAUGCACCUAUGGGUGAAUUUCACUGUCAGUGGAAUCCUCUUCGACAGCUAUAUAAUUUAA